CACAUUACCAAGAAAAAAUAUCAAAACAAACUCGAAAAUUCUUUUAAAAAAUAUUAAAAUUAAAGCCUUUGAAAAAUGCUUCUUUUCAAAAUAAUUUUUCUGACAGUCUCAGUGACUUUUGGAAUAUCCAUCGUUUCUGCACUCGAGCUAAAAGGUCUUCAAUUUCUCGUGCAGCUCAUUUCAGGAGAUUUUAUGGAUUCAAAGAAGAAAUCUCAAGCAAAAUCGCCAAAAGACAUCAAUCGAGGCUUUUGCCGAAACUCCUUCGUUGAUUACAUCUCAAAACGACAAAUUUGCUUCCCCGACGAUGACCUACUUGUGGAUCUCGAGCCAAAACUCGACAAGGGACGAAAAAGUGUCAAAUGUCUCCCCUACGAAGGCGGCAACGGAACCCUUUUGAUGCUCGAUUCCAUCAAAGAUCUCGCUUUGAUGCUGCAACCAAAUGGCAAUUCCACAAAACGCACGGAAGCUGGAAACUGCGCCCUCGUACUUUUCUACACAAAAUCCUGUCCGGGCAGUGCAAUGGUCGCUCCGCACUUUAAUGCGCUUCCCCGCCAAUUCCCGGACUUGAAAAUCGCCACAAUUGACGCCCUUAAGCAUUACAGCUUGAACAGCGAAUUCGGAAUAAUUGGAUUGCCCACAGUCAUGAUCUUCCAUCAGGGCAGACCGCUAGUCAAAUAUAACGAAACGACGUACUCCGUGAAGAAUUUCAUCAAAUUUAUUCAUCGUUACACGAAUUUGGAGGCGAUUAAUAAUGCGGCGUACGUCACGUCAGACGACUUUAAUGGUCCUUUAAAUAUGAGUGGGACCUUCGACCAUGAACGAGACAUUUGGUUGUGGAUUUCGUGGCUUUUUAUCAUCGUUUGUGCUUGUUAUUAUUUUUCACAGUCACGAUUCUACAACCAAAUUGUCGAAAUGAUCAAGAGAACGUGGCGGGAAUCGGAAGCGCAACACGAACACCAAAAUUAGAAAAAAUUUUAAACAAAUUCUGUGAUUGAAUAAACGUUUGUUAAUAAUCUUU